UCUAAACAAAGAAAACUGUAAGCUGCCCCAGAGUAAUGGUGUCCUGCCCUGAGCUGGCUAACAUGGAGUGUUCCCAGCUGGGGUUUAUCUGCUUCUGAGCCUGUGGGGAAUCAUAAUCCUGACCUGCCCAAUCUGAGUCUUUCACAGGUGGUGUGACUGUAGUGUGUGCUGCAAGUGCUCCCUGUGGUAGAAAGGGCAGCCUCAAMGCUAGCGUGUGGGAAGUGUCCGGGGCAGGUAGGACAGGACAAACGCCCGGACUGACAGGAGACCCUUUGAGCUCUUUUCCACCAAUGAUUCAUACAGGCAGCCCAAUGACUGUAGUGCUCAGACUGCUAAAGAUGGCACAGCAGGGGUGCCCAACCUGCAACUUUAUGAUUUGAAGACCGGAAAAUGUUUAAAGUCUUUCAUCCAGAAAAAGAUGCAGAACUGGUGUCCUUGCUGGGCUGAUGAUGAAAGCAUCUGUGCCAGGAAUGUAAACAAUGAAGUGCACUUCUUUGAAAACAACAACUUUAAUACUAUUGCAAAUAAACUGCAUUUGCAGAAGGUUAGCGAUUUUGUGUUAUCUCCAGGAGCCCAGCCAACCAAGGUUGCUGUGUACGUUCCGGGCAGCAAGGGCGCGCCAUCUUUUGUCAGGCUCUAUCAGUAUCCCAACUUCGGAGGUCCUCAGUCUGCACUGGCCAAUAAAAGUUUCUUUAAAGCUGACAAGGUGACAAUGCUAUGGAACAAAAAAGCCACUGCUGUGCUAGUAAUAGCAAGUACAGAAGUUGAUAAGUCAGGAGCCUCAUACUAUGGAGAGCAGACUCUGCACUACAUUGCAACAAAUGGGGAGAGUGCAGUCGUACAGCUGCCAAAAAACGGUCCUAUUUAUGAUGUUGUUUGGAAUCCCAAUUCUGUCGAGUUUUGUGCUGUGUAUGGUUUUAUGCCUGCCAAAGCAACAGUUUUUAAUCUGAAAUGUGACCCUGUGUUUGAUUUUGGAACUGGCCCUCGCAAUGCCGCCUACUACAGCCCCCCCGGACACAUCCUAGUGCUAGCAGGAUUUGGAAAUCUCAGAGGACAGAUGGAAGUAUGGGACGUUAAAAACUACAAGCUCAUUUCUAAACCGGUGGCGUCGGAUUCCACAUAUUUUGCCUGGUGCCCCGACGGGGAGCACAUAGUAACAGCAACGUGCGCCCCCAGGCUGCGYGUGGGCAACGGCUACAAGAUCUGGCACUACACGGGCUCUGUUCUGCACAACCACGAGGUGCCAUCGAAYGAGGAGAUAUGGCAGGUGUCCUGGCAGCCCUUCCCGGAGGGAGCGUUUCCCGCGAGGGCGGUGAAGUACCAGGCAGUGCCCAGCGAGCUGCCGAGCGCGGAGCCCAAGGCUGCGCAAGCGUACAGGCCUCCCGCCCUGAGGAACAAGCCGGUGACCGCUUCCAAGCUGCAUGAGGAUGAGCCACCUCAAAAUAUGAAACCACAGUCUGGAAGCAGUGAAAAGCCUCUCUCUAAAACUGCUCUCAAAAAUCAAAGGAAACAUGAAGCGAAGAAGGCUGCUAAACAGGAGGCCAAAGCUGAUACCAACCAGGAAUCUGUGCAGCCCUCGGCAUCACAGAAUGUGCCACGCAACCCGGGGCCUGUCGUGACGUCGGGAGAUCCUGAAGUAGACAAAAAGAUAAAGAAUUUAAAAAAGAAACUAAAGGCAAUUGAGCAGUUGAAAGAACAAGCAGCCGCUGGCAAACAACUAGAGAAAAACCAGCUCGAGAAAAUUCAGAAAGAAACUGCUCUCCUUCAAGAAUUAGAAGAUCUAGAACUGGGUCUGUAAAGCUCUGUGUGAAUUCAGUGGGGCUUUAACACAAAAUUCAUGCAAAAUAUGUGUAUUAACUUGAACACAAUAAAAUGUUUCAGCAAAUAGAAUGCAAAAGUUUACAGAUUUGCU